AUGAUUGAAGUCAGAGAUAUGAUUAAGAACCAUGUUAGAUAUGUGAUUGGAAAUGGGAAACAUAUCUCUAUAUGGUAUGACAAAUGGUGUGAGCAGGGUCCUCUUUGUGAGUAUAUAACUAGAAGGACAAUUUUUGAUGCUAGAUUGGAGGAUAGUAUGAAAGUGGCUGAUAUGUUUAAUGAAGGAAAGUGGAACUGGCCAAGUGAGUGGAUGAUUAAUUUCCUUAAUAUUGGCAAGAUUGAUAUACCAAGUUGGCAGGAUGAUAAAAAGGAUAAAGUCCAAUGGUUUACAAAUAAGAAUCUAUUAAUGGAUUUUAGUACAAAGCAGGCCUGGGAGGAUCUCAGGAUUGAUAAUCCAAGUGUUGGAUGGUGUAAGGUGGUGUGGUUUAACCAGAUGGUGCCUAGGCAUGCUUUCAUUUUAUGGUUAGCUAUGCAGGGUAGAUUGAUGACACAAGACAGAAUGGAAAAAUGGCAGACUAAUGGUACUCUUUUUUGCACUUUUUGUCAGGCAGGUCCUGAUAGUCAUGAGCAUCUAUUUUUUCAGUGUCCUUACACUAUGGAAAUUUGGGAUUGCAUGAGGAAAAUGACUAAUCUGCAGAAUGUGAGUUAUAGAAUGGAUAAUUCUGUUCAGGAAAUUGCAGAAAAUAAAGUGCAGAAUAAUAUAGGAAUGGUUGUGUGUAAGCUGGUUCUUGCUGCAUCUGUUACUAUAUUUGGCAAGAAAGGAAUUAUAGAUUGUUCAAGAAGAAAGAAAGAAAUGGGGAUGAACUAUGCAAGAGCAUUAAGUAUAAUGUUAGGUUAA